AUGGCCCCGUGGAAUAAACCGCCCGCUGGUUUUUGGAAGAUCAAUGUAAGUGGUCAUAGUGAUGAAGGUAUUCGCUCAUCUGCAAUUGGAUGUCUCAUGAGGUCAAGGUCGGGUCAUUUUUCCUGUGGAUAUUACGGGAUAGUAGAAUAUUCAGAGCCUAUUUAUACAGAUCUGUUGGCAAUAUACUAUGGAUUUAAGAUGGCCGACGAGGAAAAUGCAAGAUACAUUGAGGUCGAGUCAGAUUCAGCAUCAGCUGUUUAUCUUGUGAAUAACCCUAACCAAAACUCCGAAUAUUCAGAUAUCUUAUUAAACAUUCGUAGGUUAAAAGAUUUGGCACACCAAUCUUGUGUACUUCGGUAUGUGGAGAGAUCAUCGAACCUAAUGGCUAUCAGAAUGUCAGCGUAUUCUUACGAGAAAAGAGUCCCUAUUACUCGUCUAAGGUGUUGCCCAUCGGAUAUUUUUCCAGAACUUGCAGCAGAUUGGACAAAGACAAUAUUUGAUGCUCUUGAUUUUAUUUGUGGUGGCGAGAUUUUGUUUGAGAAAGCGGAUACCCCAUUUCCUAAACCUAAGCAAUAUCCUCCACCGGAUUCACCUCCGGCAGAGGAGGGGGAGGACUCCGAUUAG